GCUCUCCUCUAUUCUAUAUAAAUAAAACUACAUAUUCUUAUUCUUUCUCUAGCCUUUUAUCAGUCAGUAGUCCUAGUAAGGAGCAGAGGACAUAUAUCCCCCAUAGUUAGUUACCUGACCGUUUAUUCUUCUGCCCCAUUUUGCCCUUCACCAUUAGAUCUUGAAGGAAAACGUAACCAUAACAAUAAUCUGCCGAAAUGAUUAGCUGGAAAGAUCUCUACAACGUCUUCACCGCGGUCAUUCCUCUGUAUGUAGCCAUGAUCUUGGCUUAUGGUUCCGUCCGCUGGUGGAAGAUUUUCAGUCCUGACCAGUGCUCCGGCAUCAAUAGAUUCGUGGCCAUCUUCGCUGUCCCUCUCCUCUCCUUCCACUUCAUCUCCACAAACGACCCCUACGCUAUGAAUUUCCGGUUCAUUGCUGCGGACACGCUGCAGAAGGUCAUUAUGCUGUUUUUGCUUGGUUUAUGGACUAAUUUUACCAGGAACGGCAGCCUAGAAUGGAUGAUCACGAUCUUCUCCUUGUCUACCCUCCCAAACACGCUGGUGAUGGGAAUUCCGCUCCUAAUCGCUAUGUACGGCGACUAUUCCGGGAGCCUGAUGGUUCAGGUAGUUGUGUUGCAGUGCAUCAUCUGGUACACUCUCCUUCUCUUUCUCUUCGAGUACAGAGGAGCAAAGAUGUUGAUCAUGGAGCAGUUCCCGGAGACAGCCGCAUCAAUUGUCUCCUUCAAGGUGGAUUCCGAUGUUGUUUCACUUGACGGGCGGGACUUCUUGGAAACCGAUGCUGAGAUAGGCGACGACGGAAAGCUACACGUCAAGGUGAGGAAAUCAAACGCUUCGAGGCGGUCACUGGGGCCGUGUUCGCUGCCAGCAUUGACGCCUCGUCCGUCGAACCUCACAGGAGCGGAGAUUUACAGCUUGAGUUCGUCCAGAAACCCCACACCGAGAGGUUCGAAUUUCAACAAUUCCGACUUCUACUCCAUGAUGGGCGUUCAAGGAUUUCCUGGAAGACAAUCCAAUUUCGGUGCGGCGGACUUAUACUCCGUCCACUCAUCGAGAGGUCCGACGCCGAGACCAUCCAAUUUCGAAGAAACGCCAAUGGCUACAAUAACUUCUCCCCGUUUCGGAUUUUACCCGGCACAGACGGUACCCACAAAUUACCCAGCCCCGAACCCGGAAUUCGCUUCUGCAGUCAGUAAAAACACUAAAAACCAGCCGACGCAGCAAAAUAGUAAAGCUUCCCAUGAUGCUAAAGAGCUUCACAUGUUUGUUUGGAGCUCAAGUGCGUCUCCUGUAUCUGAGCGAGCUGGCGGGCUCCACGUAUUCGGUGGUCCUGAUUUUGGUGCAUCGGAGCAAUCUGGACGGUCAGAUCAGGGCGCCAAGGAGAUCAGGAUGUUGGUCGCUGAUCAUCCACCGAAUGGGGAAAGUAAAGCCAUUCCUGCAAAUGGAGAGUUCGUGGGCGAGGAUUUUAGCUUUGCCGGAAAAGCAGGAGAUAUAGAAGAUGAGAGGGAGAAAAUGGGACCCAAUGGACUCAAUAAGCUGGGGUCCAGCUCUACUGCAGAGCUCCAUCCAAAAGUUGACGGAGCACAAGAAUCUGGUGCGGGGAAACAAAUGCCUCCGGCGAGUGUAAUGACUCGUCUGAUCCUAAUCAUGGUUUGGCGCAAACUUAUUCGCAAUCCAAACACAUAUUCUAGUCUCAUCGGCCUAAUUUGGUCCUUGAUUUGUUUCCGGUGGCAUGUAUCUAUGCCUAAAAUAAUAGUGAAAUCAAUCUCCAUACUGUCCGAUGCCGGGCUUGGAAUGGCUAUGUUCAGCUUAGGUCUGUUCAUGGCUUUACAACCCAAAAUAAUUGCGUGUGGGAACUCGGUCGCCAUUUUCGCCAUGGCCGUCAGAUUCCUCACUGGGCCCGCCGUGAUGGCCGUGGCUUCAUUCGCAAUUGGCUUGCGUGGGAAACUCCUCCAUAUAGCAAUUGUGCAGGCUGCACUCCCACAAGGAAUUGUUCCAUUUGUGUUCGCGAAAGAAUACAAUGUUCACCCAGCCAUCCUUAGCACUGCGGUUAUAUUUGGGAUGUUAAUAGCAUUGCCAAUAACUCUAGUUUACUACAUAGCACUUGGAGUGUAAAUUGGCUCCAAUUAUACCAGGAAACUGAAGGGGAAGAUAGUGUUUGGAUUGCAUGAGUGGUGACCACACCGAAUUAUGUUAUUAUAACAUGAGGAUUUUCCGGGAGCGGAAGAUUAGUUCCAUAAUUUUUGGAGCCCUCAUGACAUGAGUGAGGAUCAUGCAGCCAUUAGAAGACGACGUAGUCUAGUCAAUUUUCUAAACGUCCGAGAGAGAAGCAAUCGCGCGAAGCCCCUUCUAGCUAGCUCAUAUGGGAGACCAAAAAGAGGAAAACAUGGGAAACCAAGACGUCAUUGAUAUACAAUUCCCAUAAGUCAAAGCUGUAAAUCAAAUUCAGCUCCACCAAGUACUACAAAGCGACGACAAUGGAGGCCAUUAAUUAAAUGAAUUGAAGUUGCUGAUCAAGAAAAGGAGACUGGGUUUUCUUUUAUUAGUGUUUUUCUUUUCUUUUUUUUAAGUCUUUUGUUGUUAGUUUUGGUAUUGAUUGUCCGUAGAUUCAGCAAUUAUUUGCGGUCUGUCGUCUUUCUUUCUUUUCAUUUUGAAAAAAGGAAUAAUCAUUAGCGAGCCAUUGACAUUGUUAAUACAAAGAUGAUGCAAGCUUUCAAAAACUA